AUGUUGAUACCGGUCUCGUCGUCGCCAUCCUCCAGCAACGGAGACGGCGCCAUCAAACUGUUCAUCGGGCAGAUACCGCGUCACCUCGAGGAGGACGCGUUACGACCGAUGUUCGAGGAAUUCGGGAAAAUUUAUGAGUUUACCGUGCUGAAGGACAAGUACACCGGGAUGCACAAGGCGAAGAGAGGGAUGCUCAAGGGGCGAGAGCUGCAGGCGACCGAGAAGGAAGUUCUGGUGACGCGCAGCCUGUGUGCUUCGGGAUUUUAUAAAGGCAUUUGGAAAAAUGAGACAAUGUUCGGGGAGCUGUGCGGAUUGUCUUCAUGA